AUGUCGGACUUGGGCUCCGAGGAGUUAGAGGAGGAAGGAGAAAACGAUCUUGGGGAAUAUGACGGGGAGCGAAAUGAAGUAGGAGAACGGCACGGACGCGGGAAAGCGAGAUUGCCCAAUGGAGACACCUAUGAAGGACACUACGAGUUUGGAAAAAGAAAUGGCCAGGGGGUCUACAAAUUUAAGAAUGGUGCCCGAUACAUCGGAGAAUAUGUUAAAAAUAAAAAGCACGGUCAAGGUACCUUUAUCUAUCCAGAUGGAUCCAGAUAUGAAGGGGACUGGGCAGAUGACCAGAGGCAUGGCCAUGGCGUGUACUACUAUGUCAAUAACGACACCUACACAGGGGAGUGGUUCUCUCAUCAAAGGCAUGGGCAAGGCACCUACUUCUAUGCAGAGACUGGCAGUAAGUACGUCGGCAGCUGGGUGAACGGGCAGCAGGAGGGCGCUGCCGAGCUCAUCCACCUGAACCACAGGUACCAGGGCAAGUUCAUGAACAAAAACCCUGUCGGUCCUGGAAAGUACUUGUUUGACAUCGGAUGUGAACAGCAUGGGGAAUAUCGCCUAACAGAUAUGGAAAGAGGAGAAGAGGAGGAGGAGGAGGAGGCAUUAGUGAGUAUUGUUCCAAAAUGGAAAGCUAUCAAGAUCACAGAAUUGGCGCUGUGGACUCCGACCCUCUCUGAGGAGCAACCUCCUGCUGAGGGAGCAGGCCAGGAAGAAGCACCUGGAGCUGCUGGUGCGGGUGAACCCUCAGAUGAAGCCCAGGGUGUAACAGAAGGUUUUGAGGGCGAGAUGGAGAUGAGGACCACCGAGGAAGACUUAGACACGUUCAGAGAGGAGGGCCGAGAGAACAAUUACGACAUUGACCAGGGAAAUGUGACCCUUGACGAAGAACAGUCAGACCUCCAGGACUAA